AUGGCACCUGCGAAACGCAGCGGCAGUGCCUGUCGUGGGGGCUCGGCACAAGGUGCUACCCCUUUGCUGCCAGCUGCGCACAGCUAUUUGGAAUGGAAGAUAAUUUAUGUGGGUUCAGCUGAAAGUGAAGAGUACGAUCAGGUGUUAGACUCAGUUUUAGUAGGACCUGUUCCUGCAGGCAGACACAUGUUUGUAUUUCAGGCUGAUGCACCUAACCCGGGGCUUAUUCCAGACGCAGACGCAGUAGGUGUCACAGUUGUGCUAAUUACAUGCACCUAUCGAGGUCAAGAAUUUAUUAGAGUCGGCUACUAUGUAAACAAUGAAUAUACCGAAACAGAGCUGCGAGAGAAUCCACCAGUAAAGCCAGAUUUUUCUAAGCUUCAAAGGAAUAUUUUGGCAUCUAAUCCCAGAGUCACAAGAUUCCACAUUAAUUGGGAGGACAACACGGAAAAACUGGAAGAUGCAGAGAGUAGUAACCCAAAUCUACAGUCACUGCUUUCUACAGAUGCAUUACCGUCAGCAUCCAAGGGGUGGUCCACAUCAGAAAACUCAUUAAAUGUUAUGUUAGAGUCUCAUAUGGACUGCAUGUGACUAACCACCAUCAUUUUGGUACUGUACAUGUGUUAAACUGUAAAAACAACCAGAACUAUUUCCUGCAAAUUCCAUAAGUACAUAGUUGACAAGCAAUGUGAAGAACUUGUUUUAAAACAGCCUGUAGAAAGUUUAUAAAAAAAAAAAAAAAAAAAAAAGCCAAACAGUAUUUGAGCAAAUUGUGGAAUAUAAAUACAACUAUUUUUAAGUAA